GCUUCAGGUGUGGUAUAUGAGGCGAAGCAUUUAGUUAGAGGUGAUGUUGUUGCCAUUAAAAAGAUGGAUCUUGCUAAGCAGCAAAGGAAGGAACUGCUCAUCAGUGAAAUCGAAGUGAUGAGGGAGUUUAAACAUCCAAACAUCGUCAACUACAUUGAAUGUUACCUGGAAACCGAAAAAUUAUGGGUUGUCAUGGAGUAUUUAGAAGGAGGAUGUUUGACGGAUGUAUGUACAGAAACGUUAGUGAACGAAUCUCAAAUAUCUGGCAUCACAAAAAAGUGCCUUGAAGCUCUAAGUUUCCUGCAUUCUAGAAAAGUCAUUCAUAGAGAUAUGAAAAGUGACAAUGUUCUGUUAGGAAUGGAGGGGCAAGUAAAAGUUACAGAUUUUGGUUAUUGUGCUCAGAUACGAGUGGCAGACAACUCCAAGAGAAGCACCAUGGUUGGCACACCAUACUGGAUGGCUCCAGAAGUUAUUGCCAGAAAGAAAUAUAGUUACAAAGUGGAUAUAUGGAGCAUGGGAAUCAUAAUCAUCGAGAUGAUCGACGGGGAGCCACCGUAUUUGAAUGAGACACCAGUUAGGGCCUUGUACCUUAUCGCCGUUAAUGGCAAACCGAAAAUCCAAAAUGCCGGAAAAUUUUCAACAGCUUUACUGGAUUUUGCAGACAAGUGCUUAACAGUUGAUGUCUCGAAACGAGCGACCGCAGACGAACUACUGCAACACGAAUUUAUGAAACAAGAAAGUGACCUCACAACUCUAAAGAGAAACAUUUUGGCCGCCAGAAGUGUAAAAAACAAAAAUAACUAA